AAUUCACGAUCAAAAGCCAUAAAACCAGAGCUUCGAUGCCCGCCAAGGCCGAACAUCUUAUCUUCUUCCCCGCUCGUUUUGCCUAUCUCUAGUCUCUGAAAUGGCGGUGGCAGUACACCAUGUCUUCUCCAAUUCAGCCGCCUUCCGGUCCAUCCCCACUCGGAACGCGCCCACUCGACCCAAACCCCGGAAAAUCGGACUUCAUUCGGUCCGGUGCGAACGAAGCGGCGAGGCCCGGCAAGUUACGGUGAAGAACGGGAACGAUUCGCUGGAGAUAUGCCGCGUUCUGAACGGAAUGUGGCAGACGAGCGGCGGUUGGGGCAGAAUCGACCGGGACGACGCCGUCGAGGCCAUGCUCCGCUACGCCGACGCCGGACUCUCCACCUUCGAUAUGGCCGAUCACUAUGGGCCUGCAGAAGAUCUUUAUGGCAUCUUCAUUAACCGACUCCGUCGAGAGCGCCCGCCAGAGUUCUUGGAAAAGGUCAGAGGUCUUACAAAAUGGGUGCCACCUCCUGUUAAGAUGACAAGUAGCUAUGUCAGGGACAGCAUCAAUGUUUCAAGAAAGCGAAUGGAUGUUUCUUCUUUGGACAUGCUCCAGUUUCAUUGGUGGGAUUAUUCCAAUCCUGGCUAUCUCGAUGCACUUAAGCACCUUGCAGAUCUUAAGGAAGAAGGUAAAAUUAAAACCGUUGCUUUGACGAACUUCGAUACAGACAGGUUACAGAUAAUCUUGGAAAAUGAAAUUUCAGUUGUUAGCAAUCAGGUGCAACAUUCAAUUGUUGACAUGCGUCCUCAACAGAAGAUGGCAGAGCUUUGUCAGCUUACUGGAGUUAAACUUAUAACAUACGGGACUGUGAUGGGCGGUCUGUUAUCGGAGAAGUUCCUGGACACCAACUUAGCAAUUCCUUUUGCUGGCCCUCCAUUAAACACUCCCUCACUUCAAAAGUAUAAAAGGAUGGUAGAUGCUUGGGGAGGAUGGAGUCUCUUUCAAGUUUUGCUCCAAACAUUGAAAAAAGUGGCUUCUAAACAUGGGGUUUCAAUCCCAACCAUUGCUGUCAAAUACAUACUGGAUCAGCCAUAUGUGGCAGGAUCAAUGAUAGGUGUUAGACUUGGUUUGGCAGAACAUAUCCAAGAUUCCAAUGCUGUGUUUUCACUUGUUCUUGACGAGGAUGAUAAAACUAGCAUACAAGAAGUUUCAAAGAAAGGGAAAGAUCUCCUUAAUGUCAUUGGUGACUGUGGAGAUGAAUACAGGCGCACAUGAGACGCAUAACUCUUUGGUCAUGUCAUGCAAUAUAUAUAUAUACUUGAAAAUUUUGUAUCAAAAUGGAUUUUGUGUAUUUUUCCCUUGACUUAAUGCUAAAUUCUUUCUUUUUGCAACCA